AUGAACAGAGGAAUGGGGUUUAUGUCUCCUGAAUCAUAUGCGAGUACUUCAAAUUGGUUGUUCCAGGAAAGUGUGGUGACAAAGUGGACUCCUGAAGAGAACAAAAGGUUUGAGAAUGCUCUUGCAUUAUUUGACAAAGAUACUCCAGAUAGAUGGAACAAUGUGGCGGCAAUGAUCCCAGGAAAGACUGUAAGUGAUGUGAUCAAACAGUAUAUGGAAUUGGUAGAAGAUGUUAGCGAUAUAGAAGCUGGUUUAAUACCAAUACCUGGGUACACCAAUAAUUCUUUCACAUUGGAUUGGGUGAAUAACCAAUAUUAUCAUGGCUACAGACCAUCCUGUGGUUCGGCCGGUAGUCGGUACUUGUCCACUCGGUCGUCUGAACACGAAAGGAAAAAGGGUGUACCAUGGACGGAAGAAGAGCACAGGCAAUUUCUGUUGGGGCUGAAAAAGUACGGAAAAGGAGACUGGAGAAAUAUCUCGCGCAAUUUUGUAACGACGAGGACUCCAACUCAGGUUGCUAGUCAUGCUCAGAAGUACUUUAUCAGGCAGCUUUCUGGAGGGAAGGAUAAGAAAAGAUCGAGUAUACAUGAUAUCACAACCGUCAAUCUUACAGAAAUGAAAUCGCCUUCAUCAGAUAAAGAUAGACCUCAUUCACCAGAUAAAUCUACCGUGGUUAUGCAUUUUCAACAGAAUUCAGGCUCUAAUCAGCCAAAUGAAGGUGCGAGAACGGUUUUCAACCUACCAAGUAGUAGCCUUAUAAUGUCACAUCUUCGAGGCUUAGCUGAUGUUAUUCGGAAACUAUCACAAGAUGCAAAACAUGUUAGCAAGUGCACUCAGGAUGCGUUUAGUACGCAACAUGAUCAGACAAUACAAUGA